GUGGUUAUUUAUUAAGAAAUGGAGGAAGUCUCAGAAGGUUAGUCCUUGGGAGGAGGAAGAGGGAGGGAUCGAGGAGGAAGGGAUGGAGAGGAGGGAGGGAUGGAGAGGAGGGAGGGAUGAAGGGUUAGAGGAUGGGGUGGUGGGAAUGUGACAAACAACUUUGGGAUUGACAUGAAGAAUGUGGUUAUUUUGGAAUUUAGGGAAAUUAUAGAUUUUUUCUUUUUUGUAUUUUGUGAUGGGUAUACAAUUUUGAUAUAUUCUAAUGAAUUUUUGUAGAAAAUAGAAUAAGUUUACUAAAAGAAUUUUUCAUCAGCAAGAAAAAGUUGAUAUGAAAUUUCUUCAAAAAUACCAUGGAUUUGUACAACUAUUUUUCAGGAUACGACGAAGAAGUUGAUCGUUAUAUAUAAACGAAGUCAUUGAAGAGUCUAUUGAAAAGAAGUAUACCAAGUACAUCAAGAUUGUAUGCUGGGCAACUAUAAUACUCUGAUUAAUUACAGUGGUCAUGGGAUACUCUGAUAUCUCCGAUGUCAAUAAAGAAACAAAUUGGCAGACUUGUGUUAAUUGCAUAAUUUUCUCAAUUUUAUUACUCGCUGCUUUGGUUGCACUAAAGAUCAAACCAAUUUAUAUCACAUACUUCAUCCCUAUUAUUAUCGGUGUUGGCAUUUACAUGGUCAUACUUUUGACGAUACAGAAACGUUAUUACAGACUGAGUGAAUUCCAUAUUACAAUGUCAACAUUGUCACAUACAUUAUUAAUUCUAGUGCCAACUCAAUGGAAAUCGAGUGCUCUUGCUCAUAAUUUGUGAUUAAUAUAUCUUGUAUAUGCAAUCUGGAAAACCUAUGGCAUAGUCAACACUGAUAUGAUUUCAAGCGCUGUAUUCUCUUGUUUUUAUUUCAUCCUUUCAAGCUAUAUGUUAAUCAUUAAAACAAGAAAUAUGUAUUCAGAAAUUCUCAAGAACAAGCGACUCAUCAAAGAAAUGAAGAAAGUCAUGCAGAUUCUUCCCUUUGGUGUUGUCAUUUGGCCAGCAAAAGCCAACGAAAAGUGGUUUAUCAACCAAGAGUUCACUAAUAAGUUUACAAAGAUCAGGAAAGACCUCUCCGAUCUCAAAGACAUCGAUAUUUCGUUCAUCGACAACUCUGAUGAGGCAAAUGCACACCAAACCAUUCCACACGAUUUAGAGGGGUUGUUGAAGUCUCAGCAGCAAAUGCUUGAUGACCAAGACUCAAUGGUUGACCAAGAUAUCAAGAUCCACUGCAACCCACAAGGCAACUUGCUGAUACACAAAGACAGCUAUGACGAAGCUCAGAGAACCUGCAACGUCAAAACACUAAUGGUCGAGUGGGAGGGCACCAAUGCUUUCAUGCAUGUUUUUGUCGACAACACUAACGUGAUCAAGCUCGAAGAAGCCAAGAACAACAUCAAGUGUCAGAAGAUCAUGUUCACAUCGGCUUCACACGAGUUCAGGACUCCACUCAACUCGAUCACCAACUCCUUCGACAUCGUGCUCAACUCGUUCCAAGAACUGCACAACAUAUCGAAGCCGUACUUGCGGCAGCUCCGAGGCGCCAAGAAAGAAGCUGCAGAGCUCAACACAGAUAUGAUCACCAAGUUCAUCAAGAUCGGAAAGAGUUCUUCACUCCUGUUGCUCACGCUCAUUGAAGACGUGUUGAACCUGUCCAAGAUGGAGGCUGGCACUUUCAAGCUCACCAAGAGUGUGUUCUCGGUGAAGGCUCUGCUUGAUGAAAUAUUCGACAUCUUCGAAAUGCAGUGUUUGAGAAAGAACUUGGACUUCAGACUUGAAAUGACUGAAGAAGUGUCGAGACUUGAAUUGAAUUCAGAUGAAGGCAGAAUCAAGCAGGUCAUACUCAACUUGAUGUCGAACUCUAUGAAAUUCACCUUCCGUGGCUAUAUCAAGAUUGAGUGAAAAAUUGCUCGAGACUGGCAGAACACUUUUGUCGAAUUCGCUGUUGAAGACUCUGGCAUCGGCAUCACCGAAGAACAGCAACAACAGUUGUUCAAACUGUUCAGCAUGGUCUCAGACCCGAACUCAAUCAACCCAAACGGAACUGGGAUCGGCCUCACCAUCAGCAAGAAAUAUGUGGAGGCCAUUGGAGGAAACAUUCACUUAGAAUCAGAGGCGAAGAAAGGGACUUUGGUAGUAUUCACAAUACCAAUCGAAGAAGAACCAGAGCACAUGCUAAAACAACCUAAUGAUGACAUAAUUCCCAGGUAUACUUCUCUCUCCACAACCCUCUUAAUCCCUCUAGAUCCCUCCCCACCUCCACUGAUUUCCCUCCAGAAGGUACAAUCCCCACAGACUUCCUGAACAGACUAAAUUGCUAUUACCCUCCGAAGGUCACGUUCAAAUCCUUCUAACUCCAUAU